AUGUGCCGCUACAAGUUAUUAAUAGAAGCCAUCAAGCUAGGCGGUGUACAGUUCAUCACAGAGCUUUUUGAUUGCGGCUUGCCCAUGAAUCCACUCUAUGCAUUGGAAGCCGUCAAAGUGAAGGGGAAGGAUGCUCUGGAGAUUUUUCUUCAGAGUGGAUGGGAUAUCAAUCAGCCCAUCAGCGAGCUUGAACCUCCCGUAUUAGGCUAUGCUGCUGCAGAUGAGGAUAUGGCAGCUUGGCUUCUUGAUCAUGGAGCUGAUCCCAAUCGACAAUGUGUCAUUGAUCUCACACCACAUUCCCUUGCUGUCGAGACCGCCCCAGUUUCAGUCAUCCAGCUCAUGCUCAGUCGUGGCGGAGAUGCUCGAAAAGGCCGACUCCUCCAUCACGUCAUCGAACGGCGCUCAGAUAGCAUUGCGAUCUUAAGACUUCUUAUCGCACAUGGAGCGGAUAUCGAUUCCACCAUGUACAAGGACCAUUAUCCUUCUCGGGCGCUCUUUUGCUUUAUGGCUCUUGGAACGGCAGUACACAAAGCAGCCGAACUCGGCAGAGCGGAUGUAGUUUGCUAUCUAGUCAGCGAAGGAGCCAACUUGGGUAUCAAAGAUACAAAGGGGCGCACAGCUCUGGAAUGUGCGCAAAUGUCGAAUUAAUGGGAAGUCAUCCAGGCAUUCGAGAAAGGUACUUAGCUUGUCUUUUCUGUAUUCCUGAUAACG